AUGAGCGCGGGACACCACAGAUUAGGACCUGGGUUGUCGGUCUUGCUGAAAGCACAAAUGGGUUGGGUACUCGGGGGAAGUGUUAGAAGCACAACAGCAUCGCAACGACGGAUUCGCAAUGUGGUCACUAAUAAGCCAUUAAACGAUCAGUUAACGCGAUUUUGGGUAAUCGAAACAAUUCCGGAGACCAAUGAGUCAUACACUCAGUCAUACGAAGGGUAUUUUAUGCAAAUGAUUACGAGAAAUUUCGGCAGACAUUUAAUAGUAGAGAUUUCGUUGAAUUACGACAUUACGAAAUCAGAACAUACCGCGCUGGGACAUACGUAUAAAUUACCAAGGAAUAGUCCAAUCAAGACGAAACCCGUCUAUUACCUGCCGCAUCAUGUUGUCAUCAAGGAAACGAGUACCAUAACAAAGGAGCGAGUGCUCUUCGAUGGUUCUACGAAGACGUCAAAGAAAAUGUCUUUAAACGAGGUUUAA